AUGCUUAAGCUUAUUUUGCUGCUAAGUCUUCUCACUGCUCACAUAGAUCAAAGCACCCACAAUGAGCUCGGCUCGAGCAUAGCAGCCCUCAAUCGCGGGCUGGAGACCAAAAGCAAUCUUAUGUAUACGGAUGCCACACAAUCCAUAGAUAUCUAUGCGGAGAUUAGUCGAACCCUAAAUGAAACUCCAAGCGUAUUGGUCAGUAGGGAUUAUAGUAGACUCUACAGUAGCUGUAAUAAUCUGCCCAAGCCUCUGCUGAUGAUUUUACCACUACCGACCAGAGAACAAGCCGUACAGAUUUUCCAGCAGUUGCCGACGAAAAUGCAAAGAGCUGAUUUUUUGUUAGUGGGCUGUGACAGCGUUGCCAACUGGCUGCAAAUACUCACGACACUCUGGCAACUCGGCUUUCCAAAUGUGCUCCUCUUCAAUAGUACGGAUAGUCUGGGAAUUAAGGGUCAACUCUUUACGAGCGAUUUAUUUCCACAUCCGCAACAGAAAUUGAGGGGCAGCAGCAUUGAGCAUUAUUUGUGGUCACGUCUGCAUUGGUUCGACAAUCUCCGGGGCUGGGAGGUGCGUGUGGCUCUCUAUAAUAAUCCGCCACGGACACUCGUUUAUCCGGAGGAUCAGCUCUACGAUGGCUAUGCUCUCAUGCUGCUCCGCAAGUUUCUCGCACAGAGGGGCGCCAAAUUUGUGCCCGUACUCACGCCGGACUAUAAGGUUUACUCGGCCAGUGAUUGUUUAGAAUAUUUGCGUAGCAAUAAAUCCGAAAUUUGCGGCGAUUUAUUGGCCUACUCCAAUGAGGCCAGCUUCACGGAGAGCUAUAUGUAUUUGUAUGGCAAUAUUUUGAUACCGUCAGCACAGCCCCGAUCGAAGAACUAUUAUAUUAUAGCACCGCUGCAGUUGAAGACCUGGCUACUAGUCGCACUAUAUAUAGCAGUGAUCUGUGGAUUUGCCAGCUUUAUUUGCUGGCUGCAAUUGGGUCGCUGGGAGUGCGGCAAACUAUUGCUAGAUAUACUUUCGAGUCUGCUCUGUGCGGGUUUUCGACUUGCGAAUAUUACUGGCUGGCAGCACUACAUAUUGUUCAGCACCAUAUUUGUGGCUGGAUUUAUAUGCUCGAAUUAUUACCUGGCUUUUCUGAAGACUAUACUCUUCACGGGUCUGUACGAUCCACAAAUAAAUAGCUUUGAGGAACUAGUUAAACAGAAUAUUAACAUUGUCAUUGGGGCCUAUGAUAAGACGGUGUUGAUGACCUACGACUAUCCGGAUAUCUUGUGGAAUAUAACGCGUGUGGUGUCCUAUGAUUUUAUACUGGAGCAUCGUCGUGUGUUCGAUCCGAACUAUGCUUACUUGGCACACAGCGAUCGUCUGGUGCUCUUCAAGUUCCAGCAACAGUAUAUGGAAAAGCCACGAAUGCGUCCAUUGCCCAUCGAUCUGAUGCAUUCCCUGCCAGGCUUCCCCAUGCAAAACCAAUGGCUGCUCAAGUAUAAACUGAGCGAGACGCUGCUCAAUUGUUUUGUGAGUGGCCUCAUGCAGAAACUGGCGGAUGACACAAAUCGUCAGACAAUACACAUUGGAUAUCUGAAUCUGAUACCAUCCGAACCGUAUGAAACACUCCCUUUGACCCUCGACUACUUCAAUGUGCCGCUGAUAAUGCUCAUCGCUGGUUUGAUCAUUGCCUUUGUCAGCCUACUCGGUGAAUUAUGCUGCGGACUCAGCCGACAACGAGCAGGCAGCAGCAGGCUGGGAGAACUUGAAUAAUCACUGGAUCAUUGGCUACUGCCUGUCUCAACUUACUGAUGGAUGUUAUAUUGGAAAUCAUACAGGAAUAUUAAGCCUAUGGAAUAUUAAAAUUUAAAAAAUUAUUAACCAUAAAAUAUAUGAGUACUUUAUUUGUCUAUCAAUUGUGCACUUAUGUGGCUCAAACACUUCAAUUAACUAAUAUCAUUUAAUUAUAUAAUAUAUAAAUAUAUGACAUAUAUGAUAAUAUUCUAAUAAA